AUGAAGCUCCCCACAGGUCAUGGCAUCGGAGUAGUUCGAAGAGACCAAAUGGUGGCUAGACAGUGCUAUGUUACAAGCAUCCGAGGCAUGAGUGCUGACAUCAUGCAACUCGUAGACCUCGAGCUCGAGCCAAGGGAUAGAUUGGCCCCCGUUGAGGAAUUGGAAGUGGUCGAGCUCGAGCACGAAAAAGUCGUUACUAUUGAUCGGGAUCUGAAGGCCAACCUCCGGGAGGAGGUCAUCAGUUGUCUGUCUCGUAACAUUGAUGUUUUUGCAUGGAAGGUGGGGGAUAUACCAGGGAUAGACCGAGAAGAAGAAGUCGGCAAAUUGUUGAAAGUGGGGUUCAUAAGGGAAGUCCAAUACCCCGAUUGGCUCGCUAAUGUUGUUCUGGUGAAAAAGCCCAGCGGUAAGUGGAGGGUCUAUAUUGGCUUCAUAAAUCUGAAUAAAGCAUGCCCAAAGGACAGUUACCCGCUACCUAUGAUCGAUAAUCUUGUGGAUAGCACAUCCGGACAUAAGCUGUACAGCUUCUUAGAUGCAUUCUCAGGGUAUCAUCAAAUCCUCAUGGCCAAAGAAGACCAAGAGAAGACUUCAUUCAUGGCUGAUUCAGCCAUAUAUUGCUAUAGGGUGAUGCCAUUUGGGUUGAAAAACGCUGGGGCAACAUAUCAGAGGCUCAUCAACAAAGUUUUCACCGAUUUGAUAGGGAAGAACAUCGAGGCCUAUGUGGAUGACAUGUUUGUAAAAAGUAAGAAGGUGGAGGAACAUAUAUCCGACCUUCAGGAGGUGUUCGCCACCCUACGAAAAUAUAAGAUGAAGCUCAACCCAGAGAAGUGUGUAUUUGGCGUAGCUUCAGGAAAGUUUCUGGGUUUUAUGAUCACUCAUCGGGGCACUGAGGCUAACCCCGAAAAAAUUCAGGCUCUGGCAGUAAUGGAAUCACCAAGGACCAAGAAAGAGGUUCAAAAGUUGACAGGCAGGGUAGCCGCCUUAAAUAGGUUCAUGUCCCGAGUAGCAGACAGGUGCUUCCCCUUCUUCAAAGCCCUCAGGGGUAAUCAUUGCUUUGAAUGGAAUGAGGAGUCGAGUGGUGUCUUGGUGAAAGAGGUUAACAGGGGCCAGCAACCCAUUUAUUACGUAAGCAAAGUCCUACUUGAUCCAGAAAUAAGAUACACUUUGGCAGAACAACUUGCCCUUGCACUGAUAGUAACAGCACGAAAACUUCGGCAAUAUUUUCAGUCACAUCCUAUUGUUGUGCUCACCAAUCAGCCACUAAAACACAUUCUUCAUAAACCAGAUGUCUCAGGAAGAUUACUAAGGUGGGCAGUUGAACUCAGAAAAUUUGACAUAGAGUUCAAGCCCCGUCCAUCUAUCAAAGCUCAGGCCUUAGCUGACUUCAUUGCAGAACUCACCCCAAGGCCUCGGGGGCCAGAUAGUAGCUCAAGCUUGAGCAUAGCUGUGUGGGAAAUUUUCGUGGAUGGAGCAUCAAACUCCUCGGGCUCGGGAGUCAUAAUCAUAAGCCCGGACAUGCUCAUAAACAUUCAGUGUGCACUAAGGUUCGAAUUUGAGGCGACCAAUAAUGAAGCAGAGUAUGAGGCCGUCAUCAUAGCCAUGGAACUCGCCAUAAAUCUCGAGCUUGAAAAUAUCAAAAUUUAUAGUGAUUCCCAAUUGGUGGUUGAACAAAUCGAAGGGACGUUCGAUAGAAAGGAUGAAAAGAUGAGCUUAUACUGCUUGAAAGUGCAUGAUCUCCAGAGAAAGUUCAAGAGUUGUGAAAUUGUAAAAAUUUCUUGGGCUGAGAAUUGUAGGGCCGAUGCCUUGUCAAAAUUGGUGUUCAUGGGAAUAGAUGGGCUUGAUAGGAUAGUCUACGUCAGAAUUGUAACCGAGCCAAGCAUCAAUCAGACCAUAGGCGUCAUGGAUAUUGAUAAUGAGCCAUCAUGGAUGGACCCAAUAGUGGACUUCAUAAAACAUGGCCGCCUUCCAGAAGAUCCUCGGGUAGCGAGAAGCAUCCGGUCCAAAGCUUUGAGGUAUUGCAUGAUUGAAGGUGUUUUAUUUCGUAGGACCCUCACACUUUCAUACCUCAGAUACCUUAGGCCUUCCGAAUCAUACCAGAUCCUAGAAGAAGUUCAUGAAGGUGUAAGUGGGAACUAUCAAGGAGCUCGGGCAUUAGCCUUCAAGCUCAUAAGAUGUGGAUAUUAUUGGCCAACCAUGAAGAAAGACGCCUAG